AUCAGCAGCAGUCAGGAUUCCCUCCUCUUCAGCUCAGCCAGCCGGCUCCCUUGGUGUCCUUGACUCCCGGACCCGGGUUUGUCCGUCCACACCUGAUGGAACACAGACAUCUGCAUCUCACCGGCUCACUAGGGAACUGUGACCAGGCUCCGUGACCAGCUUCAGCUUUGGCUCUAGCUGUAGAAAAAAAAAGCUCACCAUCACUCAUCCUCUGUUACUGCAUCAUGUCAUCAUGCUUGGCUUGUUUGUGAGACGGCUGUCUGUGGGACGUAAUAGGAUGCGUGAUAGGAUGCGUGAUUAGGAGUUAGAUUAGGAUUAGGAGUUAGUUAUACAGUAAAUAAGUAGUUGUACAUGUGAUAUUUAUAAUUAUAUAUGUUAUACUGACUAUAGAUAGAUACACAGAUUUAUUAAUGCAUAUCAAGAAUCAUUACUGACCUCAGGCACUCUGGGCUCUGAAUUGUAUACAUAAUUCACAGGCUUUAUAUGUAUAUUUAAUUUAAUUUGAUUUCUUAUUUAUAUGAAAAACCGGACACAAAUGUUUGUUCAUUCAGUCUGAGCUGUUUGUUUCUCAAUUCAGCAUUAAUUCUACCAAAUUCUGUGUUAAGAUUCUGUGCCAAUUCUUAAAAAAAUCACAAUUCUGUGCUAAUUCUCUAAAACUAAAAGAUUCUACAAGAUUAAGAUUUAGACAAAUUCUUUACCAGUUCUGCAAAAAUGACACAUUUUUUGUGAUUUUGCACAAAUUCUAUACAAUUCUGUUAAAAGUCAGUGAUAAUUCUACAAAACUCUGUUAAAAAACUAAUUCUGCAGUCAUUCCACUAUUUGUAAUGCCAAAUCCAGCACUAAUAACACAAGAUUUCUUAACAAAGUCUGUCCUAAAUAGAAAUCCUGCAUCUGUUUCGACCUCCAAACAGGUGCAAACAAAAAGACAGAGAUAGAGAGGCACUAUAGAAAAGAGAGAGGAGGGAGAUAACAGAAAUAGAGAGAGAGAGAGAGAGAGAGAGAGAAAACAGCAGGGGUCCGCUUCAGACGUGCUCUGACAGGUGCAGUCACUCAAACAGCCUCCGCCAUGCACACCCUGCAGUUAGAAGGGUGGAGAUCGGAUUUGAUGUGAUUGCUGAAUGACAGGGAGGUUCAUAUGAGGGGUUCGUCGGGGCGCACUCAGGAGAAUGUGGAUCACGUCCGCCUCUUCCCAGGGGAGACCGGCGAGAGAUUAGAGAGUGUAUCAUGCUUAAAAGGAAGUGGCUAAUGCGAAUUCUGCUAGAUUAUGUGCAGGGCAAACACUGAGCGGAGACACGUAUGUUUCAUGAACUGACUGACGCUUCAAUCAUAUUGUGUUUAUAUAAAACGAGGAAGAUUGUGUUUAGUAAAUCCAGCAGGUGGUAAAUCCACCAGAAGUCCAUCAUGCUAAAAUAAGGCUAAUUUGAUUGAUUUUAAGUCAAAGCUCUUGUUUAAAGAAGCUUCAUACCCGUUAAAAUCAAUUUUUCUAACAUGAUUUUUGUCUUAUUUCAGCAAAAAAGGCCCAAAAACAGCUAAAACAACUAAAGCAAUGGGCCCCAGAUCAACAGGUCGAGUGCUAUUCUGCUGAGAGCUUGCAGAAACAGAGUAAAGUAAAGCGUGACACGCUGCUGUAUAAUGACACGUACCGCCACCACGCAUUGGUUUUCCAAGAAACACAAACACACCUCGUUAAAGAAGAGCAAUGCGCUUUCUAAGAAUAGCACCGCACCAGAAACGACACAGCGAGUACAUCGGGAGCCAGAGAUCUCACUGGGGAAUCCAGAGAACUGGGUGGUAAACAUUGCAUAUAUUACUACAGCCAGUCUCUGCGCAUCUCUCUUUUAAUUAAAGUGCUUGAUUAUGACGCCUCACAGACAUGCCCGUACUCAAGGGGCUUUCUAUGUAUGCAUGCAAAAUAUAAAACAUAGCUGCAUCUCAUUUAGAAGAAGACACUGAACAUAAUAUAACAUUGAGUCAAUAAUAAGAUUUUCAUUCAAGACUUUCAUUUCCUGGCCUCUUUUAUGUUCUUCCCAUCUGCCAUUCAGUCAUCUAUCAUCAUCACUGUGAUAAUGGAUAGUCAUAACUCAUGACAGAAAACCAUAACUCCCAAAUUGUAUAACACAAGUGUAUAGAUUUUGGGUGCCUACUUGUGGUUAAACCCAAACUUCAAACCAAACACAGUAAACUAAACCAAUUCCGUCCUUAUAAAAUUGGACUACUGGACCUGUGAGGACCUGUGAGGCUUCCCCAAUUUCGCUCCAUGGUUCAGCCUUCCAAAAAACAACCACAGGUUGUCUGAAGAACAGGAACAGAACAGCCACAGAACAGAAUUUCAGAGGUUUUUCAUGGAGACCAAAGUCAGAACCUUUGACUACAGAGAGGAAUCUCCAUAAGCAGACUCCGCUGUAAUUGAACUCGCUGGUCGUUUGAUGCUGGAGCAUCAGAAAACUGAAAGCAGAGCAAAGAGACAAACUUAAACUCCGAGCCAAGAUGGGCUGCAACAUGUGUGUGGUGAAUCGGCCCGAGGAACAGUACAGGAUUAUGUUCCAGAAAGGCAACACGAUGCGUCCUAUUGAUGCUGAAAUAAAGCUUAAAGGCAGAAGAACCUCUCACCUGUCUCAAGACAAGGACGUGCAUUCUCAUGAUCCUCUGCUGCUGCAGGUGGUGCGUAAGGGACACAGGAGGAGAGCAGGUACGGUGGGAGGUCCUGCCAGACUCAUGGCCAUCACAGACUGUGUGGAUCACUCCACGCAGACCGACAUCAGCUUCCAGAACUUUCUGGGCGCGGGCCGAGUGUCCUGCGGAGACGACGGCUCUCCCAAACCUCCUCCCUCUCCUCCACUGCCGCCACUGGUGGAGCCAUACCUGCUGAAUGAACUAUGUACUCUGGACCAUGACUGCGCUGAUCUCAACGACUACCUUGACGUUGCCAACCAUGAUGUGGAUCGACAAGAGGAGCUGGAAUAUGAGGAAGUGGAGCUCUACAAGUCCAGUCAACAGGACAAGCUGGGCCUGACAGUGUGCUACCGCACUGACGAUGAGGAGGACCAGGGGAUUUAUGUAGGGGAGGUCAAUCCCAACAGUAUAGCAGCCAAAGCCGGACGCAUCCGAAAGGGUGACAGAAUACUACAGAUAAAUGGAGUGGAUGUCCAGAACAGGGAGGAGGCCGUGGCCAUUCUUACCCGGGAAGACAGCAUCAACUUCUCACUGCUGCUGGCCAGACCAGAGAUAGAGACGGAUGCUCAAGUGGAUCCAGAGGACCUAGAUUGUGAGCUACCAGUAGGCAUGAGUGUGGACAGUCUCAAUACCGCACACCUGCCCAGUUUAUAUCGUCUUCAACAGCAGCAGCAAAGAGUCCAGGCAGGCCUUCAGGAAAACCCUCUACACCGGGAGUCGCCCAGACUUAGCCUAGUCACCCUCAACAACAGUCAGGAGCUGGACAGUGGCGUGGGCCGCACAGACGAGAGCACCAAAAAUGAAGAGUCAUCUGAGCACGAUAUACUCCUAGGCGAGGAGCAGACCAGUGCCUCCAACACCAACACCACCAACACGCCGCACAGCCUACGCAAAUUCAGGCCCGGUAGAAACGGUGGAAGUGGGGGAGAUACCCCUUCACCACUUCUUCACAUCCGAGAACUCCACCUCAGUGUGGACUCUCUGGACAGUGGGGGUGCAGGGGCAGGAUACUUACAUGACCCAGUGAGCACCAUGAUGAUGCCUGGGUUGACCGAAGAGGAGUGUGAAAGGUACCGGGAGUUGCUGGAGAUCAAGUGUCGCUACGAAAGAAAUGCGAAGAAUAGUAGUGCCGGGCAACAAAAGCUUGAAGAAACAGAGAUUCAGGAAGAGAAUGAGGAUGAGAGGGAAGAGGAUGCAGAGAAAGAAGUGGGUCUGGACGAGAACUGCAAUGAGAGUUUGACUCCACAUGAGAUGGUGCUCUUGGAGGAGGAGUUGCGACACCUCGAGUUCAAGUGCCGGAACAUCCUGCGGGCCCAGAAGAUGCAGCAGCUGAGGGAGCGAUGCUUGAAAGCGUGGCUGCUAGAGGAGGAGGCUUCGGGUAGGGGUUCUCCUGAACUGCAAGUAUCCCCACUCCAUGAGCUUUCUGAUAUCAAAGAACUCCCAGAGCGAGAAAGAUCAGACAAGGACACCAGCAGUGCUUACAACACCGGAGGGGAGAGUUGCAGGAGCACACCAAUGGUGAGCGAUCACCUUUCUCCCAUCACCCAGAUGGAAGACUCUGGCUCUCAUCUGCAAGGAAGGCAUAGAGAGCGGCCCAGCUGGAGUGAGAGGGGCCGAGCCAGCUUUAACCCCUCCUACUCACCCAGCAGCUACAAGAAAUUCCAGAUGAACACCAACAUCAACCAGAAGUUCAGGUCUCUGUCUCGGGAUGGAACUGUUCGUCCAUUGGCAGAUGGUGGCGCGCCAGGCAGGAGCUCAAGAGCCAACAGCAUACAUGAACGAACCGGUGGGCACAGUGCAGAGUCAAGUCCCUACUUCACCCGACGUCACCAUUCUAACCGACCUCCACCAGAGCGCUACCAGAGCUGCAUGCAGCUGGGCUCCUCCUUCUCAGAGUCUAACUUCGAGAGAACUGUCGAAGGGGAAAGUGAGGUAGCAGUCGGCAGCAGCGGCCGGGCAAGUCCCAUGAGCUUGGGAAGCAGCACCCUUGGUCCUGUACUUCAUCACAGCCCAGCAAAACACUCUCUGGAUUUGCCUUUGCCCCUCCCCCCUGCUUCCCCUCGCAUGGAGUGGAAGGUGAAGAUCCGUAGCGAUGGCACCCGCUACGUUGCAAAGCGCCCUGUCCGUGAUCGCUUGCUUAAGGCCCGGGCUAUGAAGAUCCGGGAGGAACGAAGCGGCAUGACUACUGACGAUGACGCCGUGAGUGAAAUGAAAAUGGGCCGUUACUGGAGCAAAGAGGAGCGCAAACAGCAGCUGCUUAAAGCCCGCGAGCAGCGCAGACGCCGCGAGUUCAUGAUCCAGUGUCGGCUUGACUAUCUCCGUGAUCAAGGGCAGGAGCAAGGGAAGGAAGGAGGACUCCAGCAGGAGUCAGGCCAGGCUCCAGGCUCCAUCCUGGAGCUCAGCCAGAAGAAGAGCUCAAAGAGGCGCAACCGUCGCAUUCUGGACAACUGGAUCACCAUUCAAGAGCUUCUGGCCCAUGGAUCACGCUCUCCAGAUGGUACAAGGGUGUACAACCCUCUUCUUUCUGUCACUACAGUUUAAAAGACUGACCGACUCACCCAGAAGAGGAAAGAGGACGUUGAAGUGAAGAAUGAGAGAAGAGUAUAAGUGAUUGAAUGAAUGAAUGAUGAUAGAUUUUUACCCCUAAAAAGUACCUUGAAGUCAUGAACUGAACCUCCAAAGCACAUCCCUAUUACGUUUACAGCCUUCUUUUUAUUAUCAAAGCCUGGAUAAAACUCGAAGCACAAUAUCCAGUUACUUCUGCACAACAUAAAAAAAAAACUGAAUUAAGAACUGAACUAGAACUUGACUCAUAAGGUGCAUACUUUUUUGUUUUUUGGUUGUUUUUGUACACAUUCUCCCAAGGGAACUUUAGAGACAAAGAGAGCUCUGCCUUGACAAGUACUUUAGAAAAAGUGCUGGAUGGCAUAAAAGCACACACAGCACACAACACGUUCCACAGCAAAGUCGGAAUGUGCUUCUCUGUGAAUGUUUUAAACCGAAUGGACGGUUAUGUUGUAAGAUUUGGUGGCUUACAAUGGCUUCUCAUUAAUAUAUAAAUGCAGAACACUGUUAUAGUCACAUAUACACUGACAAGCCAAAAAUCAUGAGGCGGGUUUAUUAGGUUUAUAUACCUAACAUACUGUAUAGCGCUCCCAGACUUUUGCCCUACCAUGAUAUAAGUCGCUUGUCUGUUCAAAUGGACAAUUCUAGCCAGAAGCUGCCGGUCAGAAUCAUCACCACUCACUGCUCUGUCCAAUGUGACGUUGUGGAUCGAGAAAUGUUAGACAAAUGUCUAGACAACUUGGAUUGGAAAUAGAAUGUUCCAGACCUUGUUCCAAUUCUGAUAAUUCACGUUGCCUUGCCAUGAGCACAUGGUCAGUGUUUUUUUUUUUUCUUCCCAUUUUCUCCCCAAUUUUGCUCAGCCAAUUACCCAACCCACUCAUUAUUAGAACACCCCCUAUCACUAGUAAUGCCCCAACACACCAGGAGGGUGAAGACUAGCACAUGCCUCCUCCGAUACAUGUGAAGUCAGCCACCACUUCUUUUCAUACUGCUGCUGAUGCAGCAUUGCCGAGUAGCACCACAGCACACUUGGAGGAAAGCACAGCAACUCAGUUCUGAUACAUCAGCUCACAGACGCCUUGUGCUGCGGAUAUCACCCUUUUAGUGAUGUGGGGUGAGAGCGCCAUCUACCCACCCGGAGGAAGCAAGGCCAUUUCCUGAAGUAACACUCCACUUCAUGAUGAAUUUGCAUACCGCAGACCCAUGACUUUUGGCCUGUCAGUGUACAAAGUCAUAAACAUUGCUAUACAAUGCUGAUACAAUCAAGACAUGAGUACAUUUUAUCACAGUUCUCCCUUAUUAAACACAGAAUGGUGCAGUAAGUGCCAUACAAAUACAAGUAUGUGCACAUUUUAGAUAUAGCGAGGUUGAGGAAAUAUUUUGUGGUGCUAAUGAUGUGCAUGGUGCUUCACUAUGAUGGUUCUCUUACCUGCAUUAGACCUGUUUACUCUGCAGCUCCAAGACACAACCUGUACACAGUGAACCAACGUGAGGAAUGAACUGAUACUGUUCAAACAGAUCCUGAGGAGAUGCACAUUCUCUGUUUGCUACAGAAAUACAGCACAUGCUGUCACCAGCAGUCAGCGGCCGUAUGAUCAAAAGGAGGAAAAAAAUAGGACGUUAAAAGUGUAUUAAACCAGCAGAAGAAGAGGAUGCCUACAGAUAUUACUGAAUGCAGUGAUUUUUGUGUGAUUUUGAGUGAAUUCAUCUUUGUUCAUCAGGUUCAGAUGCUAAUGUAAAUGAAAGGUGAACAGACGCUUCAUUAAUAAGCAGAAAGUAACCAGUCACUCAAAUCUAAUCUAUAAAUGAAUGUGAGUCAACGGAAAAUGUAACAGCUUUACUGACAUUUCUGACCACCCUCUACCCUUAUAAAGUGAUUUUUCCAACUUUCGGACGAUGACAUUUUUUGCAUGACUUUAACAACAAGAGGUUACAGACGUAUCCCACAUGAACAGAAAUACUCUAUGGAUUAUAUAUGGUUGUAUAUUCAUUGCUCAGUAUACUAUGUAUGUGAUCAUAGUUUCGCUGUCUUUCGUUGCUAUAUUAAUUUGUUGGUGUGUUCGUCAUAAAGUAGAUUUUAUGGUUAUAUUGUUAUAACUGUUGAUUGAUAUCAGUGGUCCUAUUUACACCAGGCAUAACAUGCGUUAGAUCUUAAAUGGUAAAUUCAGUGUACUGUUGAAAUGGUCUAAAUCUUUGGCAUUUUAGGGAAAUAAAACAUUUUGUAUGCUUAGUAUAAA